GCAAUGAUAUUCAUCGGCAACCACAUGAAAAUGACAACAUGGUAAAACAGCGGGGAAUAUAACAAUUUCGCAUUCUAAACUCGAUAUUUUUAUCAAUGAAACGGCCUGAUUCGCAGUGAAAAGGGAUUCAUCGAGGUGGAACUGAAGAGGGAAGGCGAGUGUUUUGUAAAUGUAAUAGGAAAGAACACGAGAGCCGGAGAGUGAGAGAACGACAUAGGGAACGAGAGAGAGAGAGAGAGAGAGAGAGAGAGAGAGCGCAUGUCUAAUAUCUCCUUGCAGCCACUAGACGCUCCUUACCACUGGCGAGUCUCUCGCUCUCCCUCUCCCCCAUCUUACAUGUGUAACGUUUAGUGAGCCGGACAGAGCCUUCUCCAGCGGCUGUGGACACUGCGGGGAGAAUACAGCAACCAUGGAUUGUUAAAACUCAAUCUCUAUAUUUUUCUCCCUUCUCUUUUCCUCUUUCUCUUUCUCUUUUCCUCUUGCUCUCUCCGCGUGUCACCAUCCUCAAUGUCUCCCGACAGCUUUUAAUGCAACGAAAAUGAGGAUUACUUACUUACAGCUGAUCUUGGUAUUUGCUGGCUUUUGGGAAAUGGCAAUGGGGGCUUUUCCGAGCAGCGUUCAAAUCGGGGGACUCUUCAUCAGAAACACCGAUCAGGAAUACACAGCCUUUCGCCUGGCCAUCUUUCUGCACAACACCAGCCCCAACGCUACAGAGGCUCCCUUUAACCUGGUGCCUCACGUAGACAAUAUUGAGACAGCCAACAGUUUCGCCGUCACCAAUGCCUUCUGUUCGCAGUACUCCCGGGGCGUCUUCGCCAUCUUUGGCCUGUACGACAAGCGCUCAGUGCACACGCUGACGUCCUUCUGCAGCGCACUGCACAUCUCGCUGAUCACACCCAGCUUCCCCACCGAGGGCGACACCCAGUUCGUCCUGCAACUGCGGCCCUCCAUCCGAGGGGCACUCCUCAGUCUGCUCGACCACUACGACUGGAACCGCUUCGUCUUCCUCUACGACACAGACCGAGGAUAUGCCAUCCUGCAGGCGAUUAUGGAGAAAGCAGGGCAAAACAGCUGGCAGGUGAGCGCCAUCUGUGUGGAGAACUUCAACGACGCCAGCUACCGUCGUCUCCUUGAGGACCUUGACCGCAGAGACGAGAAGAAGUUCGUCAUUGACCUGGAAGCGGAGAGGCUUCAGAACAUUCUAGAACAGAUCGUCAGUGUGGGGAAGCACGUGAAGAGCUACCAUUACAUCAUUGCCAAUCUGGGCUUCAAGGAUAUCUCCCUGGAGCGCUUCAUGCAUGGUGGGGCCAACGUGACGGGCUUCCAGCUGGUGGACUUCAGCAAGCCCAUGGUCAUUAAGCUCAUGCAGCGCUGGAACAAGCUGGACCAGAGGGAGUACCCGGGAUCAGACAGCCCACCAAAGUACACAUCCUCUCUGACAUAUGAUGGAGUACUGGUGAUGGCAGAGGCAUUCCGGAACCUCCGCCGGCAGAAAAUAGACAUCUCUCGACGAGGGAAUGCAGGGGACUGUCUGGCAAAUCCAGCCGCCCCUUGGAACCAGGGCAUUGAUAUGGAGCGCACCCUGAAACAGGUGCGCAUCCAAGGCCUGACGGGCAACAUUCAGUUUGACCACUACGGCCGCAGAGUCAACUACACCAUGGAUGUGUUUGAGCUGAAAAGCAACGGUCCACGCAAGAUUGGCUACUGGAACGACAAUGACAAGCUGGUGCUGGUCCAGAAUGAGCAGCUCUCGUCCAACGAUAGCUCCGGCAUUGAGAACCGCACUGUCAUCGUCACCACCAUCAUGGAGGGGCCCUACGUGAUGCUGAAGAAGAACUGGGAGCUGUAUGAGGGCAACGACCGUUUCGAGGGCUACUGCGUGGACCUGGCCUCCGAGAUCGCCAAGCACAUCAACUUCAAGUACAAGAUCUCCAUCGUGCCCGACGGGAAGUACGGGGCCCGGGACCCGGAGACGAAGAUCUGGAACGGAAUGGUCGGGGAGCUGGUCUACGGGAGAGCCGAGAUUGCAGUGGCCCCUCUGACCAUUACCCUCGUGCGUGAGGAGGUGAUCGACUUCUCCAAGCCCUUCAUGAGCUUGGGCAUCUCCAUCAUGAUCAAGAAGCCCCAAAAGUCCAAGCCCGGUGUCUUCUCCUUCCUGGAUCCGCUGGCCUAUGAGAUCUGGAUGUGUAUCGUGUUCGCCUACAUCGGCGUGAGCGUGGUCCUGUUCCUGGUGAGCCGCUUCAGCCCGUACGAGUGGCACACGGAAGAGCCUGAGGAGGGCGUCGAAGGAGGGCCCACUGACCAGCCGCCCAACGAGUUUGGUAUCUUCAACAGCCUGUGGUUCUCCCUGGGGGCCUUCAUGCAGCAAGGUUGUGACAUUUCUCCCAGGUCUCUGUCAGGUCGUAUCGUGGGAGGUGUGUGGUGGUUCUUCACCCUCAUCAUCAUCUCCUCCUACACAGCCAACCUGGCUGCCUUUCUCACUGUCGAGCGCAUGGUGUCGCCCAUUGAGAGUGCUGAGGACCUGGCCAAGCAGACGGAAAUCGCCUACGGCACGCUGGACUCGGGUUCCACCAAGGAGUUCUUCCGGAGGUCAAAGAUUGCCGUCUAUGAGAAGAUGUGGAGCUACAUGAAGUCGGCCGAGCCCACGGUGUUCACCAAGACGACGGCCGAGGGUGUGGCGCGCGUGCGCAAGUCCAAAGGGAAGUAUGCCUUCCUGCUGGAGUCCACCAUGAACGAAUACACGGAGCAGCGGAAGCCGUGCGACACCAUGAAAGUCGGGGGCAACCUGGACUCCAAGGGCUACGGGGUAGCCACCCCCAAAGGCUCACAGUUAAGAAAUGCUGUUAACCUCGCAGUGUUAAAACUGAACGAACAAGGGCUGUUGGACAAAUUGAAAAAUAAAUGGUGGUACGACAAGGGCGAGUGUGGCAGCGGAGGCGGUGACUCCAAGGACAAGAGCUCCCAGGCCCUGAGCCUCAGCAACGUGGCUGGGGUCUUCUACAUCCUGGUGGGGGGCCUGGGUCUGGCAAUGUUGGUGGCGCUGGUUGAGUUCUGUUACAAGUCACGGGCCGAAGCCAAGAGAAUGAAGGUGGAAUCGGCCGAACUGAAUUUUAGCCCUUCUCCAAGCCCCUCCCAGAGCACCCAGAAUUUAGCCACUUAUAGAGAAGGGUACAACCUCACCUUCACGGAAGCCAUGAGAAACAAGGCCCGUUUGUCCAUCACGGGUAGCGUGGGGGAGAACGGACGCGUCCUGACUCCCGACUGCCCCAAGGCCGUGCACUCUGGCCCGUCUCUCCGGCACAGCUCGGGAUUGGCCGUGGUGUCAUCGGACCUGCCGUGAAAACCAAAAACACACCCUGUGCCUUAAAAAUGAACAAAAACAAAAAAUAAAAAUCACUCACAUUAACAAUGACGCAACCAGAAGUGAAGACAGCCAGCAGGCUAACAAGAGACUCAGCAGGGGGAAGGAGAGGGAAUGCGGAGAGGACAGCCUGAUACAAAAACGACUAUCAAGCAGUUUAAAAUAUAUCGAUAUAUAAAUAUAUAUAAAUAUAUUGAUUCACGUUGUGGCUCCUACCGCAACAGGAAGGAUCAUGCCGAGGUAUGACAGGUGUGCAAGGAUUGUAACGCAGCACAGACUAGUGACACCACUGAGCGUAGUCUCAAUGACAAACAGUUUCAAAACUCCGGGAAGCUCAGUGUUAUUCUGAUCUGGAUGACCUGCGGUUCGCAGAGACAACGCAUUUCGGCUGAGCGAGCCUAGUCUGUUCCGCUCUCAACGCCUUACCGAGAUCAACCUCGCUUCAGGACCACGCCUCUCAUCCAUAUCGCCACCAGUAAACAGAGAAGACGCCAGUAGAAAUCAAUUUAGAAGACCAGAAAACUGUCGACUUGAAUCACAGACUGUGUAAAUCUGCUUUUUAUCACCAUUAACUGUUCGACUCGAACGACUUUAGCCUCUUCAGUUUCCCGUCUCGCCAAAUGAGCGCAGAAAUAAUUGAGAAGAGGAUGGUAGCAACUCUUUUUGUUAACCAACACGGACGUCAGGGCAGCCAACACUGAAAGAGUUUUUGUUUUGUUUUGUUUUUUUAGAAAGCAAAGGGGGGUUG